AUGAGCUUAAAUUUUACCAUUAAAAGGUUCUUUACCAUUGGAACAUAAGGUGGACAGUUCAUGAAAAAGUUUUAUAAAAAGGCUACUGUUAAAAAAUUAGAAAACCCAGUGCAUAAUAAGCAUUUGUACGGAGUAUUUUUGGAUGGUAAACUUAUAAGAACACCUUUAAAAAAUAAAUUAGCUCUACCAACUUAUGAAUUGGCAUUCGCUAUUGCUCAUGAAUUCAACAUGCAAAAUGAAUAUUUGAAACCAGCAACUAUGCCAAUUACAUCUAUUUCUAGAACCACAGUUGAUAUGGAUAUACAAGAAAAUAUUAGACAACAUAUUGAAGAUUCUGUUAAUCAAUUUGUUAGAAACGAUACUAUUUUGUUUAGAGAAGAAGGAAAAUUAGGAGUUAUUUAAAAUGAAAAGCUUAAUCCUGUAAUUGAAUAUGUCAAUAAGUUAAUGAAUAUCAAAUUACAACCUACUGAUUCCUUAUUUUCAAGAGAAUUAGAAGAUAUCGAAAUAUAAAACAUUUAAAAAUAUAUUGCUAGUAAAGAUAAUUGGACUUUAAUGGCAAUAGAAUAAGCAACAGUUAACACUAAAUCAACUUGUCUAGGUGUUUCAUUAAUUAAUGGAUUUCUUUCUAUCGAAUAAGCUUUAGAAUAUUCAAGAUUAGAAGAAAAUUUCUAAAUAGAGUAAUUUGGAAUGGUCGAAGGUUCUCAUGAUUUAGAAGAAAAUACUACUUUAUUAAAUAUUUCUACUGCAAAAUUAUUUAGCUAUCUUGCAAAUCUUUGA